AUGUUAAACCUAAUUAAAACGCUGCUUUCUUCUCUUCUCCUCCAUUUUCUGGUUUUUUUUUCCCCUCUCUGCCGUUCACCAGACGCUGCCGCCUCUCUCCGCCAUCGCCUCUCUCCUCCUCCUUCACCACACGCUGCCGCCUCUCUCCGCCAUCGCCUCUCUCCUCCUCCUUCCUAUUUUCUGCCAUCUCCUUCACCACACUCUGCCGCCAUCCCCUCCUACACCACCACACUGCCGCCAUCGUCCUUCACCACCGCGCUGCCGCCAUCGCCUGAGUCCGGAUCCCGCUGCCCACUGCCGCCGCUGCCCCCACUGCCGCCGCUGCCCCCACUGCCGCCGCUGCCCCCACUGCCGCCGCUGCCCCCACUGCCGCCGCUGUCCGUGCUGCCGCCGCUGCCCCGCUCGCUGCCAUAUUUGCGAAAACCCCUCCUAAUUAUCCGUGCUACAGAAAUGGAAUCAGACCGAAGUUGGAUGUAUAGGCGGCUCCAGGGCGGGUUGCUAUACCCAGGCUUUACAGAGCGCGUGCAGGAGUUUGUUAAUUUCGCUUUACGCCAUCCCACGUGCAUGAGUGGGCCCGAGAUUAAAUGCCCUUGUCCUAGGACAAGAUGUAAAAAUACGAGUUAUCGAGACGUCGAAACGGUGAAACUACACAUUCUGCAGAAAGGGUUUGUGGCAGAUUAUCAAGUGUGGGUUUUUCAUGGGGAGGGAAAUGUUUUAAAUCCCCGUCCCGUUGCACAGCUACCGGAGUAUGACGUUGACAUGGAAAAUGAGGGGGGAGACGACUUCAGCUCUGUUCAGAGAAUGGUUAUCGAUGCUGCCGGGCCAGAAGUAGUCAAACACUCUCCAUUGUCUGCGGCUGUUAAAAUGUUGGACAUCAAAUGUCGUCAUAGUGGGUCAGUAGCUUUAGUAGAUGAUGUGACCGAAUUUAUACAAGAGCUGCUCCCAGAUGAGAACAAGAUGCCAAAGAACUUUGCCGAAAUAAAGAAGAUGGUUAGAGGUCUUGGGUUGCCGGUCGAAGUUAUCGAUUGUUGUUUGCGCAACUGCAUGAUUUAUUGGGGGUCAGACGCGGAUUUAACGCGAUGCAAAAUAUGCGAUCACGAAAGGUGGAAACCGCCCCCUAAAGGAAAUUCUGUAAAAAGACGAGUUAACGUCCCUUAUAGGAAAAUGUUUUAUUUUCCUAUAACUCCGAGACUGCAGAGAUUGUACGCUUCUACAGCUACCGCCAAGCAUAUGACGUGGCACGCAGAACACGAAAUGGUUGAUGGAAAGAUGUGUCACCCGUCAGACUCCCCGGCAUGGAAACAUUUUAGCGAAUUGCAUACAGAGUUUGCGGAAGAAGUUCGAAAUAUCAGACUAGGCCUGUGUACUGAUGGGUUUCAACCAUUCGGGGCCUUCGGGCAGAAUUAUUCAUCAUGGCCAGUAAUUUUGACACCCUAUAAUCUUCCCCCAGGGAUGUGUAUGAAAGAUGAGUUCAUGUUUUUAACUGUUAUUGUCCCUGGGCCUCGAAAUCCUAAACACCAAAUGGAUAUUUUCCUGCAGCCGUUGAUAGCUGAGCUGAACCAACUGUGGGAAUUUGGAGUGCAGACAUUCGACGUUCACAGGCGACAAAAUUUCCAAAUGAAAGCGGCACUUAUGUGGACGAUUAAUGAUUUCCCCGCUUAUUCUAUGUUAUCUGGCUGGAGCACAUCUGGAAGACUGGCUUGCCCACACUGCAUGGAAGAUACGAAAGCUUUCACGCUUAAAGGGAGUAGGAAACAGUCGUGGUUUGAUUGCCACAGAAAGUUCUUGCCUCGUGGUCACAUGUACCGUCGUAAUACUACUGAUUUCCGAAAAGGAAAAAGCGUAAAUAAAGAAUUCGGACAGCCAAAAACCGGAGAAGAAUUGUUGGCAGAGGUGGACCGUUUGGGGUUUAUGAAGGCAUAUGAAAUUGGGGCUGAGACAAAUAAUGCGGCGAAAUCGACAGAUUAUGACCAUGCAAAAUCUAGAGAAGAGUUGAAUGACAUAUGUGAUCGGCCUGCGUUAGCAAAAGAUCCGGUUACUGGGAGAUUUCCUAAGGCGAUGUAUGCUUUGGAAAGGGACGCAAAAAAGGCUUUACUUGAGUGGAUUAAGUUGAUAAAGUUUCCAGAUGGUUACGCGUCCAACUUGUCCAGAUGUGUCGAUACAAUCGGUUUGAAAAUGCAUGGAAUGAAAAGUCACGACUGCCACAUUUUUAUGCAAAGACUCCUGCCAAUCGCGUUCCGUGAGCUAUUACCAAAGGAAGUGUGGGAGCCUUUAACAGAGCUGAGUAUCUUCUUUCGUGAGUUAACCUCCACGUCUCUAACAGAGAAAGAUCUUGAUCGUAUGAGACUAGAAAUCCCAAAGAUAUUGUGCAAGCUGGAGCGUAUUUUUCCGCCCAGCUUUUUUGACUCCAUGGAACAUCUUCCCGUACAUCUACCAUACUUAAGAAAACUGAAAAAAAAAGUCGGCAAUAAAGGGAGAGUGGAAGGAAGCAUCAGUAGCGGAUACUUAAAUGAAGAAACCGCAAAAUUUGCAGCUUAUUACUUUUCAGAAGGUGACCCAAUGAUGCCUGAGCGGCUGCAAAGGAAUGAAGUUUGUGACAUUGAAGUCGACGACGAUGUUGACAGACUAUCUAUUUUCAAGCCGCACGGGCAAUCAGUGGGUGCUUGCCGCAAGAGAUAUCUUGAAGAAGCUGAGUUUGUUGCUGCCCGGACAUAUGUUGCAAUUAAUGUUUUCUUCUUAACUAAAGGGUUUUCGAGAGCGAGUUGCGUAGAGGAACCCCCGAAAUCAGCACCUCGCAAAUUGAAGCGAAGUUCGAGAGUGACUUUGCCUACUGGUUCCAACAAUAUUCUCGCUAAAGGACCUCUUAGAUCAGUCAGAACAUUUAAGGGGUAUCGUGUAAACGGAUACAAGUUUCAGACUCAAGCUUAUGGGGAGGAACAACUUACGAUGAAUAGUGGAGUCUGCGUGAAGGGAACUCAAUAUGUCGAUAGUGAAAAUGACUUUUAUGGAGUUCUGACUGACAUAAUUGAGUUAGAGUAUCCGGCGCUUCCAAUGAAGACGACUGUCUUAUUUAAAUGCGAGUGGUUUGACCCAGUUCAUAAUUCCGGCACAAUUAGUAACAAAAAAUAUAACAUGGUGGAUAUUAAUAACAGAAAGAGAUACAAUAAGUAUGAACCAUUCAUCUUAGCUGAACAGGCCGACCAAGUUCAUUACCUGCCAUAUCCAAGUAAAAGAAGGGAUAAAUUAAAUUGGUGGGCAGUUUGCAGAAUAAAGGCACGAUCAGAACUCGACAUGCCCGAGGGGAUUAUCUCGGCCUUUCAAGAUGAGAUAGAAGAAAAUCCUCUCGUUGUUGCAACGGACGAAAAUCCGACAUGUUUGGCUGAUCAAAAUGGAGAAGCUGAUGAAGAUGCGUUGUUCGUGCCUCCUGAAGAAGAAACAGAAUUAGAUGAGUUCAUCGCAUCCUCAUCAGACGAAGAUGAAAGUGAAGAACUUUAG